AUUUGCCAGUCUGGUUUGAGCUAUUUUAGUGGCUAUUGUUACUUUACAAGUCGCACUUGUGGUUCUUGGAUCACCGCUGUAUCAAACUGUUCAGCAAUGAGUUCCAAUUUGGUAACAGUUCAUAACCAAGAUGAAAAUGUUUACAUUCAACACCGACACAAUGGAGAGAGAUCCUGGAUUGGACUUAACGACCGAAGUGUGGAAGGCUCCUUUGUGUGGACAAACAAAGAAAUAAGUAGUUUUAGAUUCUGGGCGCCGCGGCAACCGAACAACUGGAGAAAUGAAGACUGUGUUCACACUCUUGGCGCAAAGCAUGGUUACACUUGGAAUGAUGUGCCUUGUCAUAACUGCUAUAACUACACUUGUUUUAAAGGUACAUGAGAUAAUAUUGUUUAGGUACCAAGAUAAGAAAUAAUUAUGCUUUUGUGACCCUUUUUUGUGUUUUAGCCUGCAUUCAACUACAAUAAAGAAAGACCUAUCAGAAAAAAAAAAAAUUGAAACAAAUCAGAAUCUGACUGAAAAAGUUUGAUAGUGGGUUUGUUUUGAAAACAUUGUCCUUAAUCAUUAUAAAGCCACAGACUCUGGUAGAUUUCGUUGGAGACUCUCGUUUGCCAUUGACACAAAUCAUUCCCAUUUACCGACAAAGAAAAUGUCCACAAAGCCUGAAAUCUGUACCAAAGAUGAGUUCACGUUAACUCUGACGUAGACUUGUAGGCACGCUUCCAUUUCUUUUAUGUUUUCCACAGGGACGAAACGAAACCUGUUUUUAAAAGAAACAUUUUUAUAAAUGGCUCAACGAAUAUGAGCUCCGCAAGGCAAGCUUUUUAAGAUCCUUUUUGCGAGUCACGUUUUCCCCGCAUUUUAUUUCUCUUGACGGUUCACCCGUAAGACUGAAGAGUGUUUAAUCUUUACACUGUGUGAUUUUCCCUUUUAGACUUAAAUGAAUGUACCACUGGUUCCCAUUCCUGUGACGUCAAUUCCGUAUGCCAAAAUACCGUGGGUUCAUACACAUGCUCGUGUAAUGCCGGGUACACAGGAGAUGGAAAACCUUGCAAUGGUAUAUUAGAUAAUAAUUGAGGCAAAGCCCGUCCACACGAAUCACAUAAUUAUCUUUUUUACCCAGAUUCGUGCAAACGGGGUCUUAAACCCCUCUGAGCAGUUUUAAAAAGAUGCGGUUUCGGUGAGCGGAUUCACUAGUUUCGUGUGGAGGCCAAUACCGAUUCGUGUGAAAAUAAAAAAUGUGGCUCUUAAAAAUAUUUGGUUCGUGUGAAAAAAGGUACAUUUCCUAUGCAGCGUAAAAGUAACGUUUGACACUGUCUCCAGUACGCUCUGGAGCGCGGUUUAAAAAAGAUGCGGCUUCGGUGAGGCUAUUCAUGGUUUCGUGUGGAUUAAAGGCCGAUUAGUGUGAAAAAGUAUGCGGUGCACUUCAUUAUUGAUUAUAAAAAAGGACAGCUGAAGGCUUGGUAGUUCAGUUUUGGUGAUGCUAGAGAAAAUGGCAAAGAAGACUGAAAGAGCCAAACUACUGCCUUUUAAAGAACAACGCAAAAUUGAACAGCAAACAUAAUACUCGACCGACGACAACGGCCCCUGAAGAUAGAUAUUCUUUAGACUGAACAUGCCCUGUUAUCCUGAAUUUACCGAGGAACAGGCCAAUGUUAUGAAGACGACAGAAACUUUGCAUCGAUGAAGAGAAGCAAGAUUUAAAUGCAGAUCUAGGGGGCGGGGGGGGGGGGGGAGGCAAUAGGGGGGCGGAAUCAACAAAAGGGGUUUUGAAAAAAAAAAAGUACGGAGAACAAUCCCCCGGGCGAUCGAAAAAACGUUUCCCUUUAACCACACUUCCCUCAAUUUUUCUCACACUNAAUAAUAAGUUACGCUGAACUACCACCAGGCAGAUGCAAAAUCGCUUCUCCUUAACGCAACCUUCACUACAUUUUUCCAGACAUCGACGAGUGUUCUACCAACACUCAUAACUGUGACGUCAAUGCGGCGUGCAACAAUACUGUGGGAUCGUACGCAUGCGUGUGUAAAGCAGGAUACUCAGGAGAUGGAAGAACAUGCAAUGGUGAGCCUUUUUGAUCUUUUUCUAAAGGUGAUUUAAAAGAAAGGAAAUAAUAUCUUUGAUUCCUGAAAACUAGCUUACUCGAGUGCAGACGAAAAAGUUUUUUGGUUGGUCAGACAACAACAACGACGACAACAACAGCAGAAACAACAAUCAUUAUUACUUUACAAUUAUAUAUGUUGUUGAAUAGGAGAAAACGUAGAGUACUGGCUUCUUGGAAUAGCUGUUACAGGUCAAAAUUAAACUCAGGUUAAACUGAGAUUUUUUAACCUUGGUUGAUUCUCGAUUUCCUUUGUCUCCUCGCCCUAAUUAUUGACCAUGGAUUGGGGUUAGGAGACAAAAAAAUCACCACUGGAAAUUUAGAAACAACCUAGGUUUAAAAAUUUUACCUGAAUUUAAUUUUUACAUGUCUCAUAGCCAUAAGAUAGCCAUUGGCCAUUGGGGUCUGGGCCGCCGGUUUCGGAAUGAGGGGGGAAUGCAUGCGCAUAUGGGACUGUUAUUAAAAUGCUACGGAAAAACUAAAUGUAUGAUUGUGUUUUCGAGAGCAGAGUAAAUUUCGCGUUUGUCGUUUUUCUUUCCAAUCUAGCAGGUUGCGAAUAGCCCGGCUCCUUGCUCUUCAGUAUACAACAGUUCAUCAACCUCUAUGAGGUUAUGAGAUCGCUUGCUAAGGGUGUGUUCCUUUCGGUGAAUCCAAAAACGGAUUUUAGAUCUAAGAACGGAUUUCGCGUUCCUUUCGGCAAAUCCAAAUCCGGAUUUUUGAUCUGGUGAAUCCUUUUUGAAAAAGGAUUCAUUGGAUUUGAAAUCCGAAGAAUCCAAAUCGAGAUUAACGAAUUAGUGAUCUACGCUGUUCCAUUCACAGUGGAUCCGAAAUUAGUCAGAUGAUCCAGCGGUAUUUCCAGUUGAAGUAUUCCCAUUGAGGCCGUAGAGUUUCCUCGUUGCUGUCAUUUGCCGCAAAACAUCUGAAAACACUAGAAGAUUGUUCCUGGUACAUUAAAAUAUCCAUAUACUAACCAUUUGUCUCUAAAGAUUGCUUGAAAUCAGAAAUAAGUAAAAGUAACAAAUGAACUGCUAUCUGACUACAAACUCGCUUGUAGACGCGACAGGCACUCGAUCGUGUUACAUAGAAAAAUCUGAGCUACGGAACUGAAUCAAACUGGUCGACAUUCUUUAGAUAAUUUUCAAUUUAAUGCGCUUCUUUCUUUGUCUGUUUUAUAUGUUCCAUCGUCGCUAUUCGAACUGCCGACCACUAAAUUCUGCACGGUAUAAUCGCAUAAUUUGUCAAACAGUAGAAAACACGUCAUUUCUUGAGAGGCUGUCAUGCAUAUUGCACGCGUUGGCGAAAGGUUACCACGGUUACAAAUCCAAUUUCGGAUUUUACGUUCCUUUCGACCGCGAAAUCUGGCAAAUCUAGGAUCAAAAAUCCGUUUUUGGAUUCGCCGAAAGGAACACACCCUAAACGAAACGAACGCUUAUCCUCUUAGGUUCUAGCUUACACGGGCCUAAAAUCACAGAACAAAUCUCACGGAAAAUCGCCGUUAAAGAAGGGCCUGUAUGACGCACUUUAGGAACCCUUGGCGAAAGCAACGCCUCCCCCUUAUCCUUCGUGUUCCCUGAGUAAAUACAGCUUGUUGAGCCUGUACAAACUCACCCAAUGUAAGUGGAACGAUUUUUGACACCUUUUUUUAAACAUGGUUAUGUUAUUUCAUUCCGUUUUUGUUUUCUCCUGCUACCUCUUUGCAAAAUGGGCGUGACUGCCCCCGCAGGGAUUUCGCCUUCCCCGAGGAGGGACUCUAGUAACUCGCGCGUAUAUUAAGGAAAGUACUUACAGCUGAAAUAUACAGUCAGUAUGCCAGAAAAAAUCUCUAUUUUUUUGAACAGGGGCCGCAAGGAAUCGGUAGGUAAUGAUGACGUUUCUAUUGUUUGCGCCCGCAAGUACGAAAUGGUUAGGAUGAGGUAAAGAGAGAAAAUCCCGAAGGGACCGCCUAGGUAGAUUUUGUGACAUUUAUUGUGCCUUCGAUAUUCUUUUGCGUUACGUGUUAUCAGUGACAUUCUGUGGAGCAGUUGUUUUGAAAGUUAUGGACCAAAAGACAAUCGUUAAGCGCUGAUGAAGUUAUAAGGUGCGUCAUAUAUAGAUUUAGCCAGGGCUAAAAGCGAAGCUCCCAUUAAUAAAUUUAUGAUUUAAAUCAAACAAUAAACUUGUAAUCCGCAAAUCAGUUAACUGAAGGGCACAUAUGUCACUUUUUAGGGAAAGCUAAGGCUAAGUUAUAUUAGAGUGAAAAAAAAUCUUACAUCGAACUGAUAGCCGGUAUAUAUACACCCAAAAAAUAGCAAUCAUCGUCGAUCACAGUAGAUUAUGCCUGGAAAACGAAUUCAUGGAAAAAACAAAUCAGGCCGAAUUUUUUGCGUUCGACUAGUUUUCUUAACAAAAUCUUGCCAACAACUCUGGGAGCGUGUAAACCAACAUUUCAUAUUUUUUAUACAUCACAUCUGAGGUGAAACAGUAAUAUGAGGCGCUGUUUUUAUCAUACAGACCUCAGACAAAAUGCAGUAUUUCACAAUUUUUCAAGACAAAUUGCACUCAUUCAAUAUUCAGAACCGUACGAAGCACGCGUGGGCUUUUAGCAAAACUGUUCAAAAAAUUUCCAAAAUCACCUAUACGGCCAGCCGCUUCUCACUUUUGACAAGGGCCAAAUUUUCAGUGAACAUUAAAAGAGUUACGCUUCAACAUAAUAAAGAAUUUAUUGUUUAUUUUUUUUAUUUAAUGGUAUUAUAACGAUGUGUAAUCUUAAAAAGCGUUUGAUACGCGCGGCACUUUGAGUACUCCUGCAAGCGAUGUUUAUGAACGACUGAAAACAAACGGCAAAGCGAUUAUAAUUGCAAGAGACUACUAACAAUCAAUAAAAGAAAUGUAAUUCGGUGAAACAUUUACAGAGACGACAAUUUUCAUUCACGAAGACAAGUAUCAAAGCGUCUCUAAAAAUCCUGAGUCUUUACACUUAAGCCUAAAGCUUUUAGCCGGCUUCCUGGUGUUUACUGUUUUCAAAGAUGAACUCGAGGCAAGAAAAUCGCUCAAAGCUUUCUUUCUACAGCCAAAAUUAUAACUAAAUACUCUGUCGAACGUUUUUUCUUUCUAUUUGCAGAGAGAAAAUAUUGACUGAAGGCUUUUUAAAACUCUGUAAGCUUAUAUCAAACCUCAUACUACAGAUCAGAUCAUUGUCUCAGAUCUUAAUACAAACGUGCAUAAACUAGCCUCAUAAACUGCGCUCGACUUCAUGACAUUUAAGAUAUAAAAAAAAAAAACAAACACAUACACUGUAUACAAUAAUUACUCAGGCUUACCAUCUGAGAUGCAGCUCUUGGAAGCUAUCAAGUAAGGCCAGAAUCGCUUGAGGGACUUUUCAACCCCACAUCCAGCAAGGUGAAAAACGAAAACGAUGCAUCCGAAAUCGGAUUUCCAACUUUGACAACCGGCGCAUUUCCCAACCAAAAAUUCAAUAAACAAACCAGCCAUGAAUCAAAGAAGACUGUUGAUAGCAGCUGUAUUUCAUUUUAAGCAUCCAGUGGGAAAAGACAGUAAAAAACAUCACAAGUUGACAAAAUACUCUGUCAGCUUCAGCUGUCAAAGUAAACAAGGUUCAACAUGCUGUAUAAAUUUUCUGAAUGAACUCACCUGUCAAAUUUUGACCAAUAAGAGCAUAAAAAUUGGACGGUCGUAGAGCGUGAUCAACGCGUGACUAUGGUGAGAAACGUGAAAGCCUCUGUCUUCCCUGCUUGGAUUUUUAAAUGACUGGCUGAAUUUUCGCGUCCGAGAUCAGUUUGAAAUCAAAAUGUUAAUAGCGCGGGGCCAUAGUGACAUUAACACAACACUUUCUGUCAUCAUGUCAUUAUUUUGCUGCCGUUCUCUUUGCCUUUGUAUUUCUCUUUCGCGUUGCCUUUGUCUGUUCAUUCUAGCUCUGUCUCGUUCUGCUUGCUGGCGUUUUUCAUUAUAAUUUUCUCUCCUUCUUCUCACUCUGACUCUUUCUACUUGCCGACUUUCUUCGCUAAAAUUUUGUCUUCUUCUUCUACUUCUAACGCGCUCUCUUUGGCGAUCGUCUUCGCUUGUUCUACGCAUGUUGACUCUUGCUCUCUGCCGUUCACCUUCUCUUUGCUAUCUGCUUAAAACCAUUCGUCUACACGCUAAAAUCUCUCUGCUGUUCUUUGUUGACAUAAUAGCUUUCGUAAGUUGUAAUAAAAAGUUAUUAAGGCUCUGUCGAAAAAUCUUUUUGCUAAGUUGCGUUGAAAUUUCUUUUUUCAAAACCAGUUGCGCGAUAUAAUUGCGCGACGUUGCGCCAUGCGAUUUCCCGCCAAAAAAAAAUCUACUUUCCCCUACCCCAAGAGUCCAUGCGGACUAUUUUCCACUACCCGGAGAGUCCGUACGGACGGACGUACGCUGACGUCAUAACCAAAAUUUCUCGGAUGGGUAGUUUAUCUUAGUUAUGGUGCUCCGCUUGCGCGCGCUUCGCGCGCGCAAGGAGCUCCGCUAUAACUGUGUAUAUAUAAUCACCUGGAGAGUUUGCCAGACACGAGUUGUCCACAAAUCUUUAAUUGGAAACCUUGCCAGACACUCCUUCUCUCUCUUUGACCGGAAUAAGACUCAGCCCCAAACAAGCAAGAUGAGUGAACAACGGCUAGCUUAUCACUAGCAGGACGAUGGACGAUUACAGAAAUUCGCCGACAAUCAAAUUCUGUGCUGACUUAUUCUCUGCUCACAGAUGUCCUUCCGCUAUAAAGUUUAAAAUAAGACUAAAAUGCGCGAGCGUGAAUUGAUCAAACGUCCUUUUAAUUUCUAAGGCUUACAAUGAACUGAAUGUAAAAAGUGAAAAAGAAACAGCGAAAAAUUCAACUUCUAAUUAAAUCUUUUCUUAUGGUUUAGAAUAAACUAUUCUCGAAACUGAUAAUUUUUUUAUCAAAGCUGUGUAAAUCGAACUGAAACUGUGCAUGAACCUUACGUUUCCUGUAUUUAUCUCACCUAUUGUAUGGAAUAUGCGUGAAAAUCUUCAUUAUGAAUCGGUAUAUUUCAAAGAGCUACACAACGAGCAAGGAUACUAUUGACCGACAAUAUACAUAGCGGGGGCAGCUGUAGUGUCAAGUAUUACUAGUUAUAUAAAUAUUGUUAUUCUUCUAUUUUCAGAUAUGGACGAGUGUGCUAGCGGUACUGAUGACUGUCACAGUUCACUUGCUUCUUGUACCAACACAGUGGGAUCCUUUAGUUGUACGUGUAAUAAUCCUUCCAGCGGAGAUGGCAGAACUUGCAAUCUACCUUCAGGUAACG